AUGUUUGAUUUUUAAUUCAUCUCCAUUAUUAUUAUUUUAGGGUUUAGUUUUGCAGCUUGGACUGCCGAUCUUCUUAAAAUUGGAUAUGGCAAACAUCUUUCUCAUUAUAUGAAGUUGACUUUACCAUCAAAAUUAGGAUGGAUACUUUAUGAAUGUCCUAAUUUAAUAUGGUUUAUUUAUUUUCUUUCAGACAUUAAGUUUGAUUUAAAUAGUUUACCAAUUAUAUUGUUUGUUACUCAUUACUUCAACAGAGUAAUCAUCUAUCCUUUAAGGUAAUCAAUAAUUUAAUUAUCAAUUAAGAUUAUCUCCAUUUGCUAGACCCAUUCCUAUUGAAGUUGUUACUAGUGCUAUCUUAUUCACUACUUGUAAUGGAUAUUUAUAAAUAUCAACUCAUUUAAAUCAAGAUCAUUAAUUCCAAAUUUUUGAUUAUUUAAGAAUUCUUUUAGGUCUCCUUGUAUUUCUUUAUGGAAUGACCUCUAAUAUCAAAUGUGAUAAUAUAUUGAGAAAUUUAAAGAAAAUAAAUUCUAAUGAAUACAAAAUUCCAUUUGGCAAUUUAUUUGAAUUAGUAUCAUCUGGUCACUAUUUAGGGGAAAUAAUUGAAUGGUAUAAAUAAAAAAAUAAACAAAAAGGUUUGGAUAUUUUUUGGUUAGUGGAUAAUGGAGUGGAUUCUUAUUUUUCUUUUCAACUUUAUCAAUUCUUUCAGCUAGAGCAAUUUCAACCCAUAAAUGGUAUAAAAAUAAAUUCCACAACUACCCUAAAUAACGAAAAGCCAUAAUUCCUUAUAUUUUGUGA